AUGGAUUUUUCAACCAAGUGGACUAACCUACCCAAAGGGCCGAGUUUAAAAAACCUGACAGAGAGAGGGUUUGGCAUCCCGAAGGAGACGCAGCAUGCGGCGGUGCAGGACCUGACCAGGGCGCACAUCGAGUCCUUCGACCAGGCUGUCACCGAGGGACUGAGCCGCGUCGUGCAGGGCAUUCCUCCCUUUGAGUUCAAAUUCAGAAAUGACAGAAUCAGUCUGGCGUUUGUCGAAGCCACCAUCCACAGCCCGUUGGCCGCCAAGGGGAGCAUCUGCAGGGACCUGAGGGUGUUUCCAGCCGAGUGCCGGGGGAGAAGAUGUUCGUACAAGGGGAAGCUGGUGGCUGACAUCAGCUGGUCAGUCAAUGACAUCCCCAAAGGCAUCAUCAAACAGUCCCUGGGCCAGGUGCCCAUCAUGGUGAAGUCCAAGCUCUGCAACCUGCAUGGCCUUUCUCCCAAAGAGCUCGUCGAGCACCACGAAGAAGCAGAGGAAAUGGGUGGAUAUUUCAUCGUGAACGGAAUUGAGAAGGUUAUCCGUAUGCUGAUCAUGCCGAGGAGGAACUAUCCUAUUGCCAUGUCGAGGCCCAAGUGGAAGAGCAGAGGCCAGGGCUACACCCAGUAUGGUAUAUCCAUGCGCUGCGUGAAACAGGAGCACACAGCCAUCAACAUGAAUCUGCAUUACCUGGACAACGGGACAGUGAUGCUGAACUUCAUUUACCAGAAAGAGCUCUUCUUCCUUCCACUAGGCUUCGCACUCAAGGCUCUGGUGGACUUCACCGAUUUCCAGAUCUACCAGGAGCUGAUCAAAGGCCGCGAGGACGAUUCCUUCUUCAAGAGCUGUGUGUCGGAGAUGCUGCGGAUCGUCAUGGAGGAAGGCUGCACCACCCGCAGCAAGGUGCUAAACUACCUGGGAGAGCGCUUCCGGGUCAAAAUGAACCUGCCUGAGUGGUACACCAACGAGCAGUGUGCCAACUUCCUGCUGGACGAGUGCAUCUGUAUCCACCUGAAGUCCGACAUGGAGAAGUUCUACCUGCUGUGUCUGAUGACCAGGAAGCUUUUCACCUUUGCCAAGCAGGAGUGCAUGGAGGAGAACCCAGACAGUCUCAUGUGUCAGGAGGUGCUCACCCCCGGUCAGCUCUACCUCAUGUUUCUGAAGGAGAGACUGACUGCCUGGUUGGUGUCUGUGAAGAUUGCCGUGGACAAGAGGGGCAGCAGGCUGAGCGGAGCGGUGACUGCUGAGAACAUGGUGAAGAUGUUCAACCUGGGCACCGACUUGACCAAACCGUUUGAGUAUCUGCUGGCCACCGGGAAUCUGAGCUCCAAGACAGGUCUCGGCAUGCUGCAGAACACCGGCCUGUGCGUGGUGGCCGACAAGCUCAAUUUCAUCCGCUACCUGUCCCACUUCCGCUGCGUGCACAGAGGAGCGGCGUUCGCCAAGAUGAGGACCACCUCGGUGCGUAAGCUGCUGCCCGAGUCCUGGGGCUUCCUGUGUCCCGUCCACACUCCCGACGGAGAGCCCUGCGGCCUCAUGAACCACAUGACGGCCAGCUGUGAGAUCGUGGGCCCUGCCCUGCCCACCACCACCCUGCCCGCUCUGCUCUGCUCCCUGGGUGUUACCCCUGUGGAUGGCUCUCCUGGCCAAGCCUUUUCAGACUGCUACCAUGUGGUCCUGGAUGGGGCCAUGGUGGGCUGGGUGGAGGCUGAAUUAGCCCCAAUUCUGGUUGAUUCACUGCGCAGAUUCAAGGUGUUGAAAGAGAAUAAGAUCCCCCCCUGGACCGAGAUAGUGCUGGUUCCCAAAACGGGCAAGGCCAGCUUGUACCCAGGCCUGUACCUGUUCACUACACCCUGUCGCAUGGUGCGGCCCGUCCGCAACCUGGCUCAGGGCAAGCAGGAGCUGAUCGGCACCUUUGAGCAGCUGUACAUCAAUGUGGGCAUCAUGGAGAAUGACAUUGAGCCGGGCGUGACCACACACCAGGAGCUUUUCCCUCACAGCAUGCUCAGUGUGGUGGCUAACUUCAUCCCCUACUCUGACCACAACCAAAGUCCCAGGAACAUGUACCAGUGUCAGAUGGGUAAGCAGACGAUGGGUUUCCCCCUCCACUCGUACAGGGAUCGCUCCGAUAACAAGCUGUACCGCCUGCAGACCCCGCAGAGCCCGCUGGUCAGGCCCUACAUGUACGACCACUACAACAUGGACAACUACCCCAUUGGCACCAACGCCAUCGUGGCAGUCAUAUCCUACACAGGCUAUGACAUGGAGGACGCCAUGAUCGUGAACAAGUCAUCGUGGGAGAGGGGUUUUGCUCACGGGUGCAUCUACAAGACCGAGCUGGUGGACCUGGCCGACAAGAUGAAGGGAGAAGACAACAUGGUGUUUGGGACCAAGCCAGGAGACCCCAAGGUGAAUGACAGACUGGACGCCGAUGGACUUCCCCCGAUCGGGUCGGUGCUUCACUAUGGAGACCCGUUUUACAGCUACAUCAACCUCAACACCGGCCAGAGCUACGUCACCUUCUACAAGAGCCAGGAGAGCUGUGUUGUUGACAACAUAAAGAUCUGCAGCAACGACACCGGCUCGGGCCGUUUUAAGCGCAUCUGCAUCACCAUGCGAGUGCCGCGCAACCCCACCAUCGGCGACAAGUUUGCCAGCCGCCACGGCCAGAAGGGCAUCCUGAGCCGCCUGUGGCCCGCCGAGGACAUGCCCUUCACCGAGAGCGGCAUGUGUCCCGACAUCCUGUUCAACCCCCACGGCUUCCCCUCGCGUAUGACCAUCGGAAUGCUGAUCGAGAGCAUGGCCGGCAAGUCGGGCGCCCUGCACGGCCUGAGCCACGACGCCACGCCCUUCACCUUCUCCGAGGAGAGCUCUGCGCUGGAGUACUUUGGCGACCUCCUGCGGGCUGCAGGGUACAACCACUACGGCACAGAGCGGCUCUACAGCGGACUGAGCGGUGUGGAGCUGGAGGCGGACAUCUUCAUCGGCGUCGUCUACUACCAGCGUCUGCGUCACAUGGUCUCUGACAAGUUUCAGGUGAGGACCACAGGCGCGCGGGACAAGGUGACCAACCAGCCCGUUGGAGGCAGGAACAUCCAGGGAGGCAUCCGGUUUGGGGAGAUGGAGCGGGACGCCCUGCUGGCCCACGGCUCCUCCUUCCUGCUUCACGAUCGCCUCUUCAACUGCUCGGACCGCUCGGUGGCUCAGGUGUGCAUUGACUGUGGCAGCCUCCUCUCCCCUCUGCUGGAGAAGCCUCCGCCCUCCUGGUCGGCCAUGCGCCACCGCAAGACUGUCUGCACCCUGUGUGGCAAAAGUGACUCUAUCGACACCGUAUCUGUCCCUUAUGUCUUCCGCUACUUUGUGGCAGAGCUCGCAGCAAUGAACAUCAAAGUCAAGUUAGAAGUAAAGUGAAUCCUGUGGGACUUGGAGUGAAGACGUGCAGUAUGUCUUAACUCUGUGAAUACAAGCAUGUUGCAUUCAGCCAUGGAAUUUGUUUCUAUGCAUUUUGUCCAAAUGUUUCUCUGUCAUGUAGUUGUGCUGGAUUUGGCUGUGCUAAAGAAGGAAAAUCAUGAAACCACGUUGUGCAACAGAAUAGCCAGGAGGUUUGCGUCCUUUGUCCAAGGCGGUUUAUUGACAGACCAAGACUUUUGGCAAAGGUAGCAACACAUGAUGGUAUGAGUAUGGAAUGAAGGCUUUUGGGAAGAUGUUUAAAAGCAACUCAAAGACAUUUUCUGCUGAUAAAAAAUUACAAUAGGAAAAUAUUCUGUUGUUUUUUUUUUUUUUUUCUUUCAUUCAUAAGAUUUUACAGCAUAAUAAAUAAGAUUUGCCACCCACUGACCAAAUUUGUCUGUCAUAAACGAUAAUUAGUGUACUGUAGGGCUUGGUUAUGUAUUGAUACUAUAUCAAUAUGAUGUGAGACUAGGUAUCAUCUGGGAUUUUGAAUAUUGCAAUGUUUUGAUAUGACAUACAUGUUGUCUUUUCAUGGUUUUAUAGACUGCAAUACAGUAAAGAGAUCCGA